GUCAGACAGAGAGAGAAAAGAGAAAAAAGAAGAGAGAGAGAGAGAGCUCGUUAGCAAGAAGGUGAGGCCAGGAUUUCUCAAAAAUCCAUAGAAGAGCGACAAGAGGAAGGAGAUGGCCCCAAAGUCUGGUAGAGGCAAGGCAAACAAAACCAAGGCAGAAAAGAAGAGGAAAGAAGAAAAAGUGCCUACUGUUCUUGACAUUACUGUCAUCACACCAUAUGAUUCACAAGUUAUUCUCAAGGCAAUCUCCACUGACAAGAUACUUGAUAUAAGGAGGCUUUUGGCUGUGAAUGUAGAAACAUGCCACCGUACAAACUAUUCUUUAUCUCAUGAGGUCAAAGGCCAGAAAUUGAAUGAUAGGACCGAGGUGGUUACUUUGAAACCAUGUAUUCUGAGAAUGGUUGAAGAGGACUACAUUGAGGAAGCCCAAGCGGUAUCGCACGUGCGAAGGCUACUGGACAUAGUGGCCUGCACCACGAGAUUCGCGAAGCCCAGACGAAGCCCAUCAACAUCAGAGCUGAAGUCCAAAAAGAAUAAGGCCCAAGCCCAGCCCAAGAGGGGUAGUAACUCCGCCCCACCUACACCGUCCGAUGGAGGAAGAUCCCCGUCAUCAGAACCGUCGGUUGCGGCGGCGGCUGCGGCGGCGGCGGUCUCGGAGAACAUUGGGAUGGUGGCAAUUCACCCAACCCCGAAGCUCUCCGACUUCUAUGAGUUCUUCUCCUUCUCACACCUCUCUCCUCCUAUUCUAAAUUUAAGGAGAUGCGACCAGAGGGAUGUACAAGAAAGGCGUGAUGGGGAUUACUUUGAAAUUCAGAUUAAGAUCUGCAAUGGGAAGCUAAUACGAGUGGUUGCAUCCUUGAAAGGGUUCUAUACCAUGGAAAAACAGUCUCUACAAAGCCACUCCCUGGUGGAUCUUCUACCACAGCUUAGCCGAGCUUUUGGCAAUGCAUAUGAAUCUUUGAUGAAAGCUUUUGUAGAACAUAAUAAGUUUGGUAAUCUUCCAUAUGGAUUUCGAGCAAAUACAUGGCUUGCUCCUCCAUCUGUUGCUGAUUCUCCAUCAGACUUCCCAUUACUACCAACAGAAGAUGAAAAUUGGGGUGGCAAUGGUGGUGGCUGGGGAAGAAAUGGUGAAUUUGAUCUUCGACCAUGGGCAACUGAUUUUGCAAUUUUGGCUUGCCUACCUUGUAAAACUGAGGAGGAGAGGGUGGUCCGAGACCGGAAGGCUUUUUUACUUCAUAGUCAAUUUGUUGAUGUCUCAAUCUUUAAAGCUGUUGCAGCAAUACGCCAUCUCAUAGAUUCCAAUAUGCAAGCAAAGGAUACAAUAAGCAGUAAACCAGGCUCAGUCUUGCAUGAGGAUCGUGUGGGAGAUCUGUCCAUUAUUGUAAAACGUGAUACAACUGAUGCAGGCUCAAAAUAUGAUAUAAAAACUGAUGGCCGUCAAUUAUCCAAUAUGUCUGACAAGGAAGAUGCUCAACGGAAUUUGCUUAAGGGGUUAACUGCAGAUGAGAGUGUAGUGAUUCAUGAUACAUCCUCCUUGGGUGUUGUCAAUGUAAGGCAUUGUGGAUACACUGCUACUGUAAAGGUUGUUGGUAAUGUGAAGAAGGCAAAGUUUCACACUCAAGAUAUUGAAAUUGAUGAUCAACCAGAUGGUGGGGCAAAUGCUCUUAACAUUAACAGCUUGAGGUUUCUGCUUCAUAAGUUUAGUGCUGAACCAUCAGGAGGAUGUUGGUCACCUCAGUCUAACUUGGAUGGCAUGGAAGUGUCCAGAUGUCUGGUCAGAAGAGUAGUUAAAGAGAGCUUGAAAAAGUUAAAGGAGAUGCCCAUUGAUUUGAAGAGGUCUAUAAGAUGGGAACUUGGUUCUUCUUGGGUACAACAUCUACAAAAGCAGGAAAGUCCAACUGGAAACAAGUCUAAAAGCCCAGAUGAUGAUAAUGGGGCUGAACAUUCGGUCAAAGGUCUUGGAAAGCAGUUUAAAUUUUUGAAGAAGAGGGAAAAGAAAGAAAAUUGUGCAAGUAGCACUGAUAAUGAAGAAAAUGAUUCUAGACCUGACAAUCUGAAUUCGGGAACUGAUUUGGGAGAGCUAAGCAAUGGUGAACUCAAAGGCGUAGCAGAACUGGAGAAGCUAAUUUCUGAAGAUGCCUUCUUGAGUCUGAAAGAAACUGGGACUGGUCUUCAUUUAAAGUCAAUAGAUGAGCUGAUCAGGCUGGCACAUGAGUAUUAUGAUGAAGUUGCACUACCAAAACUGGUAACAGAUUUUGGGUCACUGGAACUUUCUCCAGUUGAUGGCCGUACAUUAACUGACUUCAUGCAUUUAAGGGGACUGCAGAUGCGCUCUUUGGGUCGAGUGGUUGAACUUGCAGAAAAACUUCCCCAUAUACAGUCACUUUGUGUCCAUGAGAUGCUUGCUCGAGCUUUCAAGCAUCUACUUAGAGCAGUUGUUGCCUCUGUUGACAAUGUAGAGGACUUACCGGCGGCAAUAGCUUCGGCUCUAAAUUUUUUACUUGGAAGUUGUGAGACGGAAGAUAAUGACAAAGAAUUGAAUGAUGACCAUAUUCUUAGAUUUGAAUGGUUAAGAAUGUUUAUAGCCAGAAGAUAUGGUUGGACACUUAAAGAUGAGUUUCGCCAUGUGAGAAAGUUAUCAAUUCUCCGAGGUCUUUGCCAUAAGGUUGGAUUGGAGUUGGUUUCCAGAAAUUAUGACUUGGAGUGCCCUUACCCAUUCAGGAAAUAUGAUAUCAUCAGCAUGAUUCCUGUGUGUAAGCAUGUAGGAUGCUCUUCAGCAGAUGGACGGAAUCUAUUGGAGUCAUCUAAAGUUGCUCUUGAUAAAGGAAAGUUAGAGGAUGCUGUUAAUUAUGGAACAAAGGCACUAGCAAAGAUGAUAGCUGUAUGUGGUCCAUACCAUCGAACCACUGCAAGUGCUUACAGUCUUCUAGCUGUUGUUCUUUAUCACACUGGAGACUUCAAUCAGGCAACUAUAUAUCAGCAAAAGGCUUUGGAUAUCAACGAGAGAGAACUUGGGCUUGACCAUCCAGAUACAAUGAAAAGCUAUGGGGAUCUUUCUGUUUUCUACUAUCGCCUUCAACACAUUGAAUUGGCUUUGAAGUAUGUAAACCGUGCUCUGUUCCUUCUUCAUUUUACAUGCGGACUGUCUCACCCAAAUACAGCAGCAACAUAUAUAAAUGUGGCAAUGAUGGAAGAGGGCAUGGGAAAUGUCCAUGUUGCUCUCAGAUACUUGCAUGAAGCUCUAAAAUGCAACAAAAAAUUAUUAGGAGAGGAUCACAUACAGACAGCUGCAAGCUAUCAUGCCAUAGCCAUAGCUCUUUCAUUGAUGGAAGCAUAUUCCCUGAGUGUGCAACAUGAACAAACUACUCUUCAAAUACUUCAAGCCAAACUUGGGCUAGAAGAUCUUCGUACUCAGGAUGCUGCUGCAUGGCUUGAAUAUUUUGAAUCAAAAGCUCUGGAGCAGCAAGAAGCAGCAAGAACUGGAACUCCAAAGCCAGAUGCAUCCAUUGCAAGCAAAGGUCACCUUAGUGUUUCGGAUCUCCUGGAUUACAUAAGUCCUGAUCAAGAUUUGAAAGGGAGUGAUUCACAGAGGAAACAGCGGCGUGCAAAGGUUUUGCAUUUAAGUGAUAAAACCCAUCAAGCACAAAAUGAUGCUAUAGGGGAUGAUGAUAUGCUGUAUGAUGGCCCAGAAAACACUGCACAUACAACAGAUGGAAAUACAGAAGUAAAAGUCAGCAAGGUUCAUCCUGAAGAAAAUUAUGAUAUUACUAGAUAUAGGCCGACAGUUGCAAGUGAAGUUGUUGAAGAAUCUACUUCAGAUGCAGGGUGGCAAGAAGCCAAUUCCAAAGGGCGGUCAGGGAAAACUUCUGGCCGGAAGUUUGGGAGGCGACCCGUUCUUGCAAAGUUGAUCGUUAACAAUUCUGAAUAUUCAAAUUUCAGAGAAAGUAGCUAUAGGCAUGACCUCAUUUCACCAGUGCAAAAAACAACUCCAAAGACUGUUUUAACUGAGUUGUCUCCUCUGAAACAGUCAAAGGCUGGUAGCUUGAGCUCUGCAGAGGAUUCAACUAAUCUGAAGGCAAAAGCUCCUGUUUCCAAGGUUACCUCCAGUCCAGCAACUCUUACUUCCUUGGCCUCAAAAUCUCUUUCUUACAAAGAAGUAGCUCUGGCACCACCAGGUACCAUUCUAAGACCGUCGAUGGAGAGAGUUGAAAAAAUAGAUGAUGAAAAAAUUGAAAUUCAGAUGUACAACAUUCCUCACGAGACAUCAAAGGAUGAGGAAAGCAGCACUGGCUCUGUAGUUGAAGCAAGCCCAAAAGAUGAUGAAAUCGAGCAAACUCAUGAAGAAAGCACUCAAAAGGAAGACACUACACUGAAGGUUGAAGAGGCUUCAUGUUCUUCUGACCAGGUAAAGCCUGUAGAAACAAAUGGGAGUAAGCUUUCUGCCGCAGCUAAACCAUUUAAUCCAGGACCCAUGCCACACCUUUUAAACUCAGUUGCAGCGACUAGUAUAUAUGAUGUAAACGUUAGUCAAGGCAUGCUUGCAGAGCCUGUUCUUACUCCAGUUGCUGCCAGGAUUCCUUGUGGUCCUAGAUCACCCUUGUAUUAUAGAAACAAUUAUUCUUUCCGCAUGAAACAUGGCUUUUUGAGACAUCAUACCCUUGGCAAGGGAAGAAGUGGAUUUGGGCCUCCAAGAAUGAACCCAGAUGCACCUGAGUUUGUACCUUGGAGAGCUAGGCAACCAUAUCCUGGUGAUGAAAAUUCUCACAUUCAAAAUGAGUCAAAUUCUAUGUUUGAAAUGAGUAGUGCAGAGGAGGAGAAGCUGGGUGAUGAAUCCAAUAAUGAAGUUAAAGAUGGGGCUUCAAAAAAGAAUUUCUCCGAGUCUGAAAAGUCAGAGCUUGCAAGUCAGAUACUGCUUAGCCUCAUUGUAAAGUCAGUCCAUCAUAAUAUGGAACAUGUGAGUGAGCCUGCAGUUAGUGAGAAAAAAUUGGAUUGUUCAGAAAAUUCUUCAGAUGCAAUAGCAAAUGACAGUGCAAUUAUAAAAAUUCUCAAUGGAAAUGAGGGGAAGGACUUGGUUUCUCAAUGUGAUGAUUGUGAGCAGCCAAAAGCAGAUGUAAAUAAGAAUAAAAAUGGUGAUAGUGAAGGAUUCAUAACUGUCACAAAGAGGAAAAGAAACAGGCAAAGGUUUCCAAAUGGGGUAACUGGGUUGUACAAUCAGCAAUCUAUCUGUGCUUCUGUUCGUUGAAGAGUGGGGAUGACCUGAACUAAAAUCACCAGGAGUUCAUUUAAUAUUCAUCAUCAAGAAGUCAAAUGGGGUAACUGGGUUGUACAAUCAGCAAUCUAUCCGUGCUUCUGUUUUUUGAAGAGUGGGGAUGAUCUGAACUAAAAUCACCAGGAGUUCAUUUGCUAUUCAUCAUCAAGAAGUCACCAGGAUGGCAUUGCAUGUUCAUCUCCUAGUUCUAGUCUCGUGAAUCUCUUUGCAUCGAGUGUAGAAAUUAUUGAAAGUGAAGUUUUGGUAAUAAUAAUAAUUAUUUUUUUCUGUUGAUUUAUAAGUUUCACUUGGGACGUUUUAAUAACCAAUGUAAUAUCUCUCUUAUAGUAGAGAUUUUGUCUUAUCAAUAAAAAGCUAAUUGGCUAAUACUUCCAUUAUUCCUCCA